AUGACAGGUAACAGUAGUGCCUUGUUUGUCUCACAUGAUUCACAACAAUGGAUCAUAGACUCAGGGGCUACUGAUCAUAUGACAUCUAAUUUAAAUCUCCUUGAUAAGAAUACUUUGCAUAAACCUGAGGUAACAAAAAGAGUAAUCUUACCAAAUAGAGAAGUCACUCAUAUGCAACACACUGGAACAAGUGCUAUAUCUCCUAAUAGUAGUGUUCACAAUAUUUCUGUCCUGUUCACUGGGAAAGUGAAGGAGAUUGGUAAAGAGGAUGAUGGUCUCUAUUAUCUCAUAAGGUCAAAGCUCAGACUCACAAAAGAGCAGAUACUUGGAUAUGGGUUAACAUCAGCUUGCAACAAUGAUGAUAAUAUUAGUCUAUGGCAUAGGAGAAUGGGUCAUGCACUUGCUACUGUGCUACAAAAAUUGUUUCCUACUAAACUGUCUAGUAUUACUUUUCUAAUAAAUAAUUGCACUGUGUGUCCUUGUGCAAGAAAUCUUGUCCAUAUACCCCUAAAGAAAAGCAUUGCUGAGAGAAAACAUAGACAUAUCCUUGAACUCACUAGAGCUAUGAGAUUUCAAGCUCAUAUGCCCUUAAGACUUUGGGGUCAUCGUAUACAGGCUGUUGUUUACAUUCUAAACAGGUUACCAUCUACUGUUCUUAACAAUAUGUCUCUGUAUGAGGAGCUAGUGCACAAGAAACCAUCACUGAUAACACCAUCUACAACUCUAUUUGCUCCACCUAUAUCUGUGUUUGAGGAUAGUGAUGCUACAGUUAAGAGACCUACUAACAAUGCUCAAGUAUCUGAGAAUACAGAUAUCUUCCCUACUGAUAGGAGUGUGGAAGUUCCUGAAAAUCAGAAUGCAGCUCCAGAAGUAGUUCAACUUGUUCACAAUCAGUUGCCAGCUCCAGCUUUAGAGAAUGCACAGCCAAGAAUGCAACCAAAUUCUAAACCUCUGAAACAGUCAACUAGAGGGAAGCAUCCACCAUGUUGGAUGAAAGAGUUUGUCUCUCUUAAUGUUCAUGAGGAUGUUCCUUUUGCUAUAUUCAAAUACAUAUCAUGUGAUCAUUUAUCCUCUGAUUAUAAAGCCUUUAUUUCUGCUAUUUCAAAUACUACUAAACCUAAAACUUUUGUAAAAGCUAAAAGAGAUCCAAAGUGGGUAGAAGCUAUGCAAGCAGAAAGAGAUGCACUAUAG